UUUGGACAGCCAACAGCCACCCAACACCGACGUGUACGGCGACGACGAUUAGCCGGUGCAGUCGUGCGGUGUGGAGGCAGUUGAAUCAUCAUGCACAGGAUAAAAAGCGAGUUGAGGAAUCCAUUUAGCUUAACGUCAGAACUUCUAUUAAAGUUUUCAAGACUAAUGGUUAUGAUGACCUGUAAUAGUCAUCUUCCUUGAAGCAUUAAACUUGUGCAUUGGUAACAUGUAUGUUUACACAGCCUAUAUGAAAUUGGGAAGUAUUGCAUACAUGCUAUUUUGGUGCAUGAGAAUGGAGAAAAUGUAAGAGAAAGCUGCAGCACAGCUAGUUAUGGAUUGCUUCGGCGAGAGAAAUUUUGUAGACUUGCUUGGGUAGGUAUCGAUAGACAAUUGUUAUCUUAAGCAACGUAUGAAAGGAAAAGGAGUUCAUGAUGGGCUCAUUGGGGAUGAGCAUUGAUGGAUUAAUAACAUCAUGUGAAAGAAGAGAGGAAUUCAUGAUGAAGCAGCUAAAGCGGACAAUUCAUCCCUUCAAAUAAAAAUCCCAGAUGUGAUGUACAAGUGAACCAGGGGAACACUCGUUAUCUGCAACCCCUUACUAUUGGCCCAAUCUACAGCUAUGGCAGCGGCAGCCGCAGUGUUGACGGCGCUUUUUAGGCCUUCUACUGCUCAAUUCCUCUACUCUAAGCAUCGUCUCUGUCCCCGUUUUUCUCGACUUUGCUGUUCCUCGUUGGCCUCAUCACAGUUUGCCAUCCCCAACGUCGUCGACAUCCUCCGUGAGCGCGGUCUUGUGGAUUCGAUAACUAGCCACAAUCUCAAAUCGGCUUGCUCUAUUCCCAACAAUACACCUCUUAAAGUUUGCUGCACCUUUGAUGCGACUGCGGGAAGCUUGCAUCUAGAAAACCUAAUCGGGCUAAUCGUUCUCGCAUGGUUCCGACGAUGCGGCCACCAGACCGUUGCGCUUCUUUGUGACCCCAUUGGCCGGAUCGGUGACCCCUCGGGGAAAAGCCUAGAGAGGCCGGAAUUGGGCGUCGAGACCCUAGAGAUAAAAAGCGCUGAAAUUAGGGAUUUGGUCUAUAGAAUUCUUCAUAGAGCUAACAAGGAGAUUGAGUUGAAAAUGGGUUGUUCAAAAGAUGAAAUUUUGAACUCAGAUUCUGAAGAUUCGGGCAAUUUAUUGGUUCUGAAUGAUGACUGGUGGAAGGAAAUUACGUUUCUGGAUUUUGUUCUUGAAGUGGGGAGAUAUGCUAGGGUUGGAACAAUGAUGGCAAAGGAGAGUCUGAAGAAGUUGCUGAUGUCUGAGGAUGGUUUAAGUUAUACUGAGUUUACCUAUCAACUACUUCAAGCUUAUGAUUUUUUUUAUAUGUUUAAGAAUAUGGGUGUAAAUGUUCAGAUAGGUGGGAGGGAUCAGUGGGAAAAUAUUGUUGCCGGAACUGAGCUCAUCCGGAAGAUUUUGCGGGUGGAAGGCGCCCAUGGAUUGGCUUUCCCUUUAUUGCUGAAGAGUGAUGGGUCUAAAUUUGGGAAAUCUGAAGAUGGUGUCAUUUGGUUGUCGCCUGCUAUGUUGUCACCUUAUAAAUUUUAUCAAUACUUCUUUUCGGUACCCGAUGUGGAUGUUGUGAGGUUUCUGAAGAUUCUAACCUUCUUGAACUUGGAGGAGAUUCAUGAGUUGGAGGAUGCCAUGAAGAGGCCUGGCUAUGUUCCGAAUUCGGCCCAGAGGAGACUUGCAGAAGAAGUAACACGCUUUGUUCAUGGCAAAGAAGGACUUGUCGAAGCAGUGAAUGCAACAAAGGCUUUAAUGUCAGGGGCAGAGACGGAGUUAGACCCAAAUACCAUUGAAGGAAUAGUGAAGGAUGUUCCUUCAUGCUCCUUACCAUAUGAUCGGGUGUUGAACUCAUUGCUAGUUGAGAUAUCUGUCAUUUCUGGUUUUCUUGGCAGUAAGUCUGCCGCACGGCGAUUGCUGAAGCAAGGAGGGCUCUAUCUGAAUAACAAGAGAGUUGACCAUGAGGGUAAGAGAAUCGAGGAAUUUGAUAUUGUGAGUGGAAAAUUAAUGUUGUUGUCUGCAGGGAAAAAGAAAAAGAUGGUAAUAAAGAUAUCCUAAUUUUAUUCCGACUAAUUGUAGCCAACCCCAUAAACAACAGCAAAUCAGCUAUUUUUCAAAUGCACAAACCAAACAGCUAUUCAAAUUAUCUGGAUCCGCUGCUGAUCAACAGCUUAUCAGAAUAAACUACUUAAGUUGGAUAAGUUGCAGCUGUCUCAAUUAGGUAGGAGUUUUGAAAAGAUGGAGUUGAGGAUAAGAGGAGCUGGUGAGGAAGGUGAGAAAGAGAAGAAGGAUAUCUAUUUCAUUUUCUAGCUUGAAUGCGAUGACAGAAGGGUAUGGUUUCUUGCUUAAAUAGCUGCCGGGUACUUUAUUUGCCGAUCGUCCCUAAGAUUUGCUUGGCUUGUAUUAGUUGAACUUUUCUGAUUAUCAGGUGGAACAGUGGGAUUUUUAUUAAUUUAUCCUUCCAUGUUUUUCUUUUUGUUUUUUUCUUUAUAUUAAUAAAUGUCAAGGUUUUCUUCUAAUAAGAAGGAAAGCAGCUUGCUUUAGCUCCUUGGGAAAGACUUUACGAGUCUUUAUUGGUGGAAGUGUCUACGGGCCUUUUUGGAAGGAAAUCUUUAUAGUUAUGAGAGAUUGAUAGUUGAGAAUUAGUGCACAAUUUUAUUAUAGAUUCUGAAGUAAUUUUUUCUUCUAGUGGCCUCAUCAAGUUAUAAUUUAUUAUUACAUUGUUGUUGAUAUCAACUUUUUAUCAUUCUACUCAGACGCGUGACACAAGAUUUUAGUUCAUGUUCUUAAUUUCAUCCCCUUCUCUUUUCAUCAUCUUUAUUUUUGUCUCUUAUAUAUAUAUAUACACCGAGUGUAGGUGAGUUGGUGGCGGCUUUGCGUAAGUCCCCUCACGAUUUGGAUUCAAAUCCUUAACCAGACGGGAUUCAAAUUUGCACAUGAGAUUGGUUAAGGGUCCGCCCUUCGACCAAUCCUUAUAUAUAUAUAUUUGUGAGUUAUAUAGAAACAAAAGCUAAGAAAUGAAACUGAGAGAUUCGGCUCAAUUGUUUUAUAUAGUUCAAGAUCUAAUCAGACAAUCUGGCUAGAAAUCUAGAGAGAGAGAGAGAGAGAGCUGUACCCUUAAAUACACACAAAAAACCAAAAGAAGCAUGGAGUAUAACCCUGGUGGCUGGUGAUGGGAUGGGCUUAGAUAAAAGUAUUAGUAAAUUGAAAUUCCUUCAAACUUUUUAUUCAACGCAAUAACAGCAAAAUAAAUUGAGAGCACAAAAAUACUAUACAUAUUGAGAGCUUCUGGGAAAUACUAAUACAAUUAACUCCAGUAUUACCGAAGAUUGUAGUCUCCAAUUGGAUUGAAAACGGAGGCGCUGCACAUGCAAUUUAAUGAAGAGAUGGUCAAGCGAAUUACUGAGAUUAAAAUUGACAAAUCUCUGCAGAAUGAUCAUAUUACACUUGCUACUCCCUUCAACGGUAAAACCAUUACCGCCACUGCAUAUGAAGCCAGAUUCCCACCAAGUACCGAGAACUAUAUCUGGAUCGUCAAAUUCCAACUACACCCACGUGAAAAACUCUUUUGGUGGCGUCUAUUACAGGAUGCCAUCCCCACUCGUUCAUGGCUAGCUUGUCAUGGGCUAAGUGAUGACAUGUUAUGCCCAUGGGGCUGCUCGGUGGAAGAGAACAGAUCUCAUAUUUUAACUAACUGCUCUUGCUUUUGCAGGACCAAGGAUAACUUGACUAAAUGGGGAAUUCCUACCCCUUCUUUCAACAAUUUUGAUGAGGCCAUUAAUGGUCUCAAAACCAUCCAUAAGAGCAAAAUUGCUGCAGCCAGAUGCUUCUGCCAUCUUGUUCAUAAUUUUUGGAGGGCACACAACGCUAAGUGCCACAACCAAGCCCAUAGCACUCCUACUAUCAUUGCUACCACGAUUAUCGAGGCCCUCCUGCUGACUCAAUUUCACCCCUUUCAGGAGCGAUGGGUUGCUAGCCAGUUGGUUUAUCUUUCUUCCUGGCGUCAUCCCCCUCCUGGUUGGCUCAAGGUUAAUGUUGACGGUGCGCUUCUUCCCUCUGGUUCAGCUGGUAUUGGUAUCAUUGUUCGGGAUGAGUAGGGAGUUGGUAUUAUUGUUGCUGGGCACCAACUUGAGCAUUGGGAUAGGGCCCAAGUGGAGCUUCAAGCAAUCAAAUCUUUACAGCACAAUUUUAAGCUAGGGUGCUUGAGUCCAAGGGUAUCAUCAUUGAAGGUGACAACUCCAACAUCAUGAGGUUUUUGAGAACUACCAUGCAAAUGAAGGUUUGGAGUCAACGACCUCAGGAGGCGCCUGAUUUUACCUUUUUGCUGAAUUUUAGGCUGGUUCUUCAUUUUUGUGCCAAGUGUGCCCUUGGAGGUUUCUUUAUUUUGAUGUGUAUAGAUGAUGAUAGGGACCAUUCUACUAUACUUGAGCACACUUUUAUACAUCAUAGAUGCAUACCUGCACAGUUUUUGUACUUUCUUAAUUUAGUAAUGCAAAAUGCACAUCUUCAAGGAAAAUAAUCUGUUGAUCAAAACAAAAAGCAAAUCCCA